CUCUGGCAGCGUCACUUUCUAACUCGGCCAGCAGUCAGCCUCUACAGCUCUGAUUUCUCUUUGCACCUCUUCCUGCAAUUCUUCAAGAUGAGUUACAGAAGUUCCAACAUGCAGAUCCCUUCCUCCCGGAUCUCCCUCACCCACUCUGCUCCUCAGUACCGAGCUCACAGUAUUUAUGGUGGAGCCGGAGGGCAUGGGGCCCGCAUCUCCUCUGCCUCUGCAUCCUCCCUGCGCUCCGGUGCUCCCAUGUCAUCUUCCUCUGGCGGCUUCAAGCUCAGCAGCGCCCUGGGCGGCGGAGCGGGAGCAGGCUUUGGCGGGGCUGCUGCAUCUGGUGGCGGUGGCGGUGCCGGCAUCCUGGGCAAUGAAAAGGGGGCAAUGCAGAACCUAAACGACCGUCUGGCCAACUACCUGGAGACGGUGAGGAACCUGGAGCAGGCCAACAAGAAGCUGGAGAUGAACAUCAGGGAGGCCAUGGAGAAGGGCGGUCAGGAUGUGAGAGAUUACAGCAAGUACCAACCCAUCAUAGAAGACCUGCGCAACCAGAUCUUUGACAAAAUAGCCGAGAACGCUCGAUUUGUGCUCCAGAUCGACAACGCCCGUCUUGCUGCAGAUGACUUCAAAGUGAAGUUUGAGAAUGAGAUGGCGAUCCGCCAGUCUGUGGAGGGCGACAUCGCUGGCCUGAAGAAAGUCAUCGACGAAACCAACAUGAGCAGGCUGAACAUCGAAAGUGAGAUCGAAGCUGUGAAGGAAGAACUCCAUUUCCUGAAAAAGAACCAUGAAAAUGAGGUAAUGGAGAUAAGGAAUCAGAUUUCUCAGUCCGGCGUGCAGGUGGAUGUUGAUGCUCCCAAAGGUCAGGACCUCUCUCAGAUUAUGGAGGACAUGAGAUCCAACUAUGAGAAGAUUGCCAUGAAGAAUGCAGAGGACCUUAAACGCUGGCAUGAAAAUCAGAUUGCAGAUGUGCAAGUCCAGGUGUCACAGAAUACAGAAGCACUUCAGGGGGCUCAUGUGGAGAGAAGCGAUUUAAGCAGACAAAUACAGACGCUCGAAAUUGAACUCGCGUCUCAACAGAGCUUAAAAUCCUCUUUAGAAGACACUUUACAUAACACAGAAUUACGCUACAACAUGGAAAUGGAAAAAUACAACAACAUCAUUCUACGCCUAGAAGAAGAGCUCACCAACUUGCGGGCAAAUAUCAAACAGCAGACCCAGGACUACGAGGCGCUGCUCAACAUGAAGAUGAAGCUAGAGGCCGAGAUCAGCACUUACAAGAGUCUGCUGGAUGGUGAAGACUUUAAGUAAGGAAUAUUAAAUACAUAUGCUCGUGGAUGCACUGGAGGAGUUGGAUGCCAGAAGUUAAUUCAAUACAGAGACCCAGAAGAAGAACAAUGAAAGCUUGCAUCAACAACCAACAGCCAAGGGAAAACUGCAUCUUGCUGGUUCACUUAGCCAAAGAAAGAAAGUCUACAUACAGCCAGGCCACAACACAAUGAAACCUAAUUGCUUCAGAAACACACACUCCCCGUCGUGACCAAUAAAAGAAGUGGUUUCCA